UGUGGAUCUUAACGUUUCAGGAUUCCAUGGUCACUCCGACACGGAUACAGCUGAGUGCUGACGAAAAGGUGAAGCAGAACUGCAAGAAGAAGCCAGGGGCCAACCAGAAGGAGUGCCACAACUUCAUCCAGGUGAUCCAGAGGCUGAACGCCACAAACAUCAUCGUCUGCGGCACCAAUGCGGCUUCCCCCAAGUGCUGGCUUCUUGACAACAACAACACCUAUUACGAAAGCCACACGGUCAAACUCAAUGCCGGAAACAUCGUCCCUGCCUUUCCAUCUCAAACUGCCGUGACCAUCGCAGUGGACGGCAACCUUUAUUCGGCAUUGUCGGGAACCAAGAGCGUCAUACAGAGGAGCUACGCGUAUGGGACCCAAAAGUUGAUCAAGACCGACGACAAUUGGCUGGCCAAGGCGGAAUUUGUCAGCGCCGCCCUGCUGGCAGAGAGCAGUACAGUGAACGAAGAAAUCUACUUCUUUUACAACGAGGUCAACCAGAGUGCCAGCCUGGAUGACGAACCUUACAAAGCGCAGAUCGGGCGUGUGUGCAAGGCGGAUGACGGUGGGAGGAGCAUGCUGACGGAUUCAUGGACCACCUUCCUGAAGGCCAGGCUGGUCUGUGGACAUCCCAGAGACCCGAAGCGCUUCCAUCGCCUCCGGGACGCCUUUCUCCUCAAAGAAGGCCGGACGCUCUAUGGAGUCUUCUCCAAUUCGUGGGGCAAAACAGCCGUUUGCAAGUAUUCCAUGAACGAGAUCAGUUCGGCCUUCAAGACGUCCAAACUGAAGGGGCCUGGGACGUGCGUUGCGUCAAGUGCCCAAACGCCCAAAGCUACCCUGACCGUCAUUAAGGACUACCCUGAAAUAGAGACGGUCAUCUACCCAGAGGGGCAGCAUCCCCUCUACCUUCUCGAGAACAAUGAAACCUACACCCGCGUGGUGGCAGACAGGGUGCGGGAUGCCAGCAACACCACUCGGGAUGUCCUCUUCCUUGGAACAGACCAAGGGAAGAUCCACAAGGUGCUUCAAAAGGGAGAGCAGACGGUGAUCAUUGCGGAGCUAAGCCCCUUCAAGAAAGAAGCGCCCGUCUCUUCCAUGGUCCUGGACACCACUAUGGGUCACCUGUACGUGAGCACUGAGUCCGAGGUGGCGCGCCUCUCGCUGGCGGACUGCGAGCAGUACAAGGACACCUGCUGGAAUUGCGUCCUGGCCCGCGACCCGUAUUGCGGGUGGGACCCGAGCAGCCUGACUUGUUCGGCCGUCUCUCAAGUCAGAAACCACAGUGGCAGCUUGCUUCAGAGCCUGGAUCCACAGUCCACAGAUGUGUGCAAAGGUGUCGAAGAACAAAAAAGCCAGGAUGCUCUCAAGAAAGUGAGCGUGGACCCCACCGGCUAUAUCUACUUGCCUUGCCCCAUGCGUUCCCACCACGCCACCUACACUUGGGUCAAGGACAACGCCAAGACGUACUCGUGCUCCGUGGACGGGGAAUCCUGCACUCUUCGUUUUGGGGAGGCCAACCCAAUGGACACGGGUGUCUUCAAAUGCACCUCCAAGGAAGCAGGCUACCAAGAGGAGAUCACGGCUUAUGAGGUCACGCUGAACAGCGGCCGGAUCCCCGAGGUCUCCUUGGCGGUGGUCGCCACGGGCGUCUUGUUUCUGGCCAUAACUAUUCUCCUCUUGUAG